AUGGUGCAGACAGCCGCCUCCCUCUCCUGGAGGAAGCACCUUGCCUCUGUGACCCACGCCACCCUGACCCUCAGUCUCCUCUUCGUCUCCUUCUACUCCGCUUGCUCGGCAGAAGCAAGCAGGAACAACUCCUCAGCCUUGGCCGACCACCACCCAGACCCCGGGACCCUGGAGCAGUGUCCCAAUGUCGACUUCUGCCCGCUCGCUGUCCAGUGUUGCCACGUGGGCGUGGACGAGUACGGCUGGAUCGCGGCUGCUGUGGGCUGGAGCCUCUGGUUCCUCACCCUUAUCCUGCUCUGCGUGGGCAAGCUGAUGACACUCACGCCAGACGAGCCCAAGGACCUGCUGCCCUAG